AUGGCAGACCACCAACCAGUAUCACCGAUCAAGCCUGAAGAAUCGGCCACGACACGUGAGGAAAUGAACUUUGACGACAACGAGCAGGAGACUGGUACUGUUUCCCCCCAAGGUCACGAGACGCCAACCAAGCCUCCAGCCAAAGCACCCUCACCACGACCAAGAGUUUCUUUCCAGGAGGGCCACGAAGAAAUUCCUCCGACGAAGCCUCCAAGGCCACUCAGUCCGAUGCAGCAGGCCGAGCAUACUCUGAUCGAAGCCUUCCCGACCAUCGAUACCAAGGUCGUCAAGGCGGUGCUUGUUGCUAGCAAUGGAAAAGUCGAGCCAGCUUUCAAUGCACUCCUAGGCAUGUCCGACCCCGACUUCAAGGCAGAAGAAGCCGUCCCUCCGCCCCAGCCGCCCAGACCUGCCAUGCGCCAGCCGAUGAGCCAAUUACAGGCAGAUGAGGCUUAUGCGCGGCAGCUUGCGGAACAAUACAACAACGGCGGACAGAGAUCACAGAAUCGCUAUAAUCAGCGAGAGCCAGGUCGGCGUGGACCGAAUCAGCAAUCCUACGACGACGAUGAAGACCGAGAGCGUAGUUUCUUCGAUGACGACCUCCCAGAGAUUGGCAAGAACAUCCAGCAGGGCUUCUUCGAGACGCAGAAGAGGGUGAACAGUUGGAUCACACAGUUCAAGAAGAAGAUUGAUGGCGAUGAUGAGGAUGAGGACCUGUACUCGUCUUCAGAAGCUGGCUCGAGACAGAACACGGGCAACUGGCCAGGCAGACAGAACUUUGGUCCAAGCCAGAGCGAGCAGCUGUAUGGCAUCAGACGGUCGGCAGAACAGGCACGUAGAAGCACUGAGGCGCAGCGAUAUGACGCGGAUCCUCAUGAGCUUGGCGAGGAGGAGUUUGAGAGACUGGAGCUCCGAGAUGACGAAUCAGCACCUGCGCAGCCUCCGCGUACCAGCAGCAGGAAGACUGCCAACCCCGACCUCUUCAAGUCCCAAGCCAAACCACCACAGAGCGGCCCUGUCGAUGAAGUCGAUGCCGCCGAUCGUCGCUCAUCCGGCAAGGACGCUUCUGAAGCUGAGAAGAACAAGAAAUGGCAGCCACUUACCAGCGUCGCACCACACCCUGAAGACGACAACGAUCCAUUCUCUCUCGGCGAUGAUGACGAGGACAAGGAGAAGACAGAGGAUCUCCGCAAGGAAGACACCGAGCGCCUGAAGGAGUCGGCCAGGAACAGCGUGUCUGCAGGCGCAGGUGGCGAAGCCAGCAAAGGAUUACAACCGUCCGAAUCCAAUGAUGGCGUGCGCAAUAAGGAGGCAGAGGAGAUCUUGAGUGGAAAGAAGUCGUAG